AUGUUUGGCCAGAUUGCUAUUUCCACCGUCCUCGCUGUCGUAGCUUAUGCUGGCCCUUCCCUCGUGCAGCGAGCUUCCACCCCAUCUCCGAUCAACCUAGGGAUUCCAUCAACUCUUCCAGCUAACGCUUCUCAGUCCCUUGAUCCCUACCUCAUCUCGUUCUCGAUUGAACCCGCAUUUCUUGACGCGUUCUUGGGCAACAAGUCAAACCCGAAUGCGCUCACCCUCCAGCUCAUUUCGAAUAUCGAGAAGGUGACGGGUGGCAUCGCUGUUCGCCCAGGAGGAGCUACUGUGGAUUCCUCUAUCUACGAUCCUUCUCUCACUGGCAGUGAAGUUCUUACCUUGUCUUCCACGGGAGCGGUCCACCGCACAACAUGGGGGCCUUCCUUCCUCGAAUCCUUAAAUCUGUUGCCAGCGUCCUCGAAGAUUAUCAUGGACAUCAACCUACUCAACAACUCGUACGAGAUCGCGUUCAAUCAAGCUUCGGCUGCGGUCCAAGCCCUUGGAAGCAAGCUGGAUGCCAUUGAGAUCGGCAAUGAACCCGAUAUUUACACGAUCCAAGGUGAGAAGGACCCUUCCGAAUGGACUGCUUUAACCUAUGCGCAAACAUUUGUGGAUUGGUCUCGUAACUUGACGGCGGGUCUUAACCUUCCCAAGAAUUUCUUCCAGGCUGGUGGAUUUGGUGAGCCCGGUAACCUCGGCUUACCCACCACGGACAACUUCACGGUAGCCAAGUCUAUCGCACUUGGCAUCAAUAACGCGUCAACAGUCAAGUAUUACUGUGAACAUAUGUACGGCUUUGGCAGCUGCACACCCGCCAUGAUUGCUCUCACCAACUUUGACAACGUCGUUAAUCAUCAAAACAUUACGACCUUCAUGAAGAAGUAUGUCCCACAAAUUACGGCUGCCAGGACUGCGGGCGCACCCUUCGUUGCCGGAGAAUUCAACUCUGUCGGGUGCUCAGGAAUGCAAAACAUCUCCAACACUUUCGGACAGGCACUCUGGCUCGCCGAUACCUACCUAUAUGGAGCGACACUUAACAUCACCAGAAUGUACUUGCACCAGGGCGCAACGCUUGCUGCUCAAUUCAUCGCCGAUCAGUUGAAUACUCCCGGAUUUAGCUGGUACAACUUCGUCUACCCCUCUGACUCUGCUCGAAACGGCCCUGCCAGAGCCACCCCAUCAUACCCCGGACUUCUCCUCGUUGCAGAAGCUAUGGGCACUUCGGCUAACACCUCAAACAUUGCCUCCUUUCCGGUUCCUGCCCAUCCCCAACUCGCUGCCUACGCUAUUUGGGACUUCUCUGCUCGCAGCGGUGCUCCCGCUCGUGUUGUCCUGCUUAACCUUGGCUCUGAAACCGGCCUCAGCGUCGACUUAUCGUCCCUAUCGCCGUCCGGCGUUAAGCGCCUCCACUCACCAACGCGCGACAAUGUCGACUCGGACACAGUUACAUGGGGUGGCCAGAGCUGGACCAACGGUACUGCCUCAGGUUCGCUCGUGAUUGAGAAGCCUCUCAGUGACGGGAGCGUUGCAAUUGGGGCGUAUGAGGCUGUAUUGGUUUACCUUGCGGGCGUGAAUGGUACCGCCACCGCCACGCCAGUUGGGACCGCUUCAACCUCGGGCUCAUCAUCCAUUUCAACGUCGACCAAAUCCGGAGCCCUCGGACGGAGUCUAUCUCUGACUGCGGGAGGGGUUUCCGUUGCUUUUGUAGCGGCCCUCCUUAUGCUUUAAUGAUUUUUACGCACCAGGUUUUGUAGAUACGCAUGUGUUAUUCCAUUAAAAAUUUGCUGAUAUUAC